ACUGGUUCCAAACCUUUUUUUUUUUUUUUUUUUGUAGCCCAGAUACCAAUUAGAAAGAAGUGUUACCAAGGAGAUCUUAAAGAGCAAAAUGCAUUUUCGAGAGCAGAGCUUUAAAAUUUACUAUGAGAGUUCAACACAGGUUAAGUGUAAAUGAGAAUCAGCUGUCUUGGGAUUAAAUACUACCACACAGUUUUUUUUAGAAGAUUAAAAACGGAAGUAAAGCAAGGAUUCCAAAUGUUGUUUCCAGAGCAGCCCAGCUGCUUUGCAAUCUGGACUUGAACCUCUUCCGGUUGGGUCAGCCUGAAUCAGCGCUGCCUCCAGGGGCUGAGAGGUGCAUGCUUAAACUUUGGAACAAAUACCGAAUUUCCAACAUUCCAUCGCUAAUAUUCCUAGACGCCACCACCGGGAAGGUUGUAUGCAGAAAUGGGCUUCUGGUGAUCCGAGAUGACCCAGAAGGUCUGGAAUUCCCUUGGGGACCUAAACCCUUCAGGGAAGUCAUUGCAGGGCCCUUGCUUAGAAAUAAUGGGCAGUCCCUGGAGAGCGGCAGCCUGGAGGGGUCUCACGUGGGAGUCUAUUUCUCUGCACAUUGGUGUCCACCCUGCCGAAGCCUCACCCGGGUCCUAGUGGAAUCCUACCGGAAGAUCAAGGAGGCAGGCCAGAACUUUGAGAUCAUCUUUGUUAGUGCGGACAGGUCGGAGGAGUCAUUCAAACAGUACUUCAGUGAGAUGCCUUGGCUCGCGGUCCCCUACACUGACGAGGCCCGGCGGUCGCGCCUCAACCGGCUGUAUGGAAUCCAAGGCAUCCCCACGCUCAUCGUGCUGGACCCACAAGGCGAGGUGAUCACACGGCAGGGACGGGUGGAGGUGCUCAAUGACGAGGACUGCAGGGAGUUCCCGUGGCACCCCAAGCCUGUGCUGGAGCUCUCCGACUCCAACGCCGUGCAACUCAACGAGGGCCCCUGCCUCGUCCUUUUUGUAGAUUCUGAAGAUGACGGAGAGUCCGAGGCAGCCAAGCAGCUGAUUCAGCCAAUCGCUGAGAAAAUCAUUGCCAAGUACAAAGCCAAAGAGGAGGAGGCACCACUUCUAUUCUUUGUAGCUGGGGAGGAUGACAUGACUGACUCCCUGCGAGAUUACACCAACCUACCUGAGGCUGCUCCUUUGCUCACCAUCCUGGACAUGUCAGCCCGGGCCAAGUAUGUGAUGGACGUGGAAGAGAUCACCCCUGCCAUCGUGGAGGCCUUUGUGAAUGACUUCCUAGCAGAAAAGCUCAAACCAGAGCCCAUCUAGUGGGGCUGUGGCCUCCUGAGACGUUAUUUAAAACUCAGUCUUCUCCUCCUCCUCCCCUUCCUUCCCUCCGCCCUUGGACUUUCCAGUGUGUCCUGCAUCACACAACCCAAGUGUCCAACCUCUCUGUGGUGCCUUGUUUCUGCGUUAACUCCUCAGCUAGCACCCUAGGGUGUACAUCCUCUCAGCAGCAGCAGAACCCACGGUGUUUAGAAACUCUGCUUGGGAUCGUGGGUGUGGCAUAUUCUGGCAGAAUGGGGAUGGCAUCACUCUCUGAGUCUCUUGGGGAAGGAUCUGCCAGGGGGUUCUUUGGCAAAUGAGAAGGGCCAGUGAGUGGUCAGGGCUCUGGCUCUGACUCUGGCAGCAGCACGCACACACACAGCCCAAGACAGCCAGAGGGGACUGUCCAGAGACACACAUCCUUGCAGGGGAGAGCAGAGCAGGGGGUGCACAGCCUCGGUAGACAUGAGCUUAGAGCUGUUGGGAAGAACAUCCUUUCCUAAGUGAUGCAGUCUUUCUUGGUCCAAGGGAAACAGCCGCAUCUCUGUGUGUUCUUGGGUAGCAGAGCACCAGAUCUAGAAGCUUGUGGGGUUUUGUGGU